AUGGGACCGCUCCCAGUUAAGAGGAUCAAGACUUUGUCUGUAGCGCGCCCUAUUCUUUAUGGGAACACUGCAAAGAAAAUGGGCGAUGUAAAACCACCAAAUGCUCCAGUUGAACAUAGCCAUAUGUGGACUAUUUUCGUUAAAGGACCCAACGGUGAGGAUCUUUCCGACAUCAUUAAAAGCGUGACAUUCAAGCUACACGAAACCUAUCCAACUCCAACUAGGGUUGUGGAGGCUCCUCCAUUCGAGCUAACUGAGACGGGAUGGGGAGAGUUCGAGAUCAACGUCAAAAUCCAUUUUAGUGACGUUGCCGGAGAAAAGCCUAUCAGUUUUUAUCACCAUUUGAGAUUGCACAAGUACCAUAACUCAUCUGCAGCCAAUGGUGUCAAGUCAGAAGGUGAUUUAGAAAGUACGCAGGUUGAAGCGACGUACUACGACGAGGUUGUAUUUAACGAGCCCAACGAGGAUUUCUUCAAGAUUUUAAUGUCUAAACCUGGAUACAUCCUGCGAUCUAACAAAACAGAUGAUAUUGUCUUUUCUAAGCAACUAGAAAGCGAAGAGAUUGACCGCAUAAAGAUCGGACUUCAAAAAGUUGAUGACGAGAUAGAUAUACUAAAGACGAAACUUUCGGGUUUCGUGAAGACUUAG